GUGGCCGGGCGGGACCAACAAAGAUGGCGGCGGCCCUUGCGGCGGGAGCGAUCUGGGCAACAGCUGCGGCUAAAGCUGCAGCCCGGCCGGCGGGGGGGCUGCACGGGGGUAGGAGGGGGUGACCCUGAGCUGGAGCCUGGCCCUGGCUGGCCUCCCCUGCCACCUCGCUGGGGGACAGGUCCAGCCUGUGGUGUCCGCAAUGCCCCAGGCCUCUGAGCACCGCCUGGGCAGGACUCGAGAACCACCUGUCAAUGUCCAACCCCGAGUGGGAUCUAAGCUACAAUUUGCCCCCCGGGCCCGCAGCAAGGAGCGCCGCAACCCAGCCCCUGGGCCAAACCCUUUGUUACGACCUUUGCCUCCCCGGCCAGGUCCCCCUGAUGAACGGCUCAAGAAACUGGAGCUUGGACGGGGACGGACCUCAGGCCCUCGUCCCAGAGGCCCACUUCGGGCAGAUCAUGGGGUUCCCCUGCCUGGCUCACCACCCCCAACUGUGGCUCUGCCCAUCCCAUCCAGGACCAACCUAGCCCGUUCCAAGUCUGUGAGCAGUGGGGACUUACGUCCAAUGGGGAUUGCCUUGGGAGGGCACCGUGGCACUGGAGAGCUGGGGGCUGCACUGAGCCGCUUGGCACUCCGACCUGAGCCACCCACUUUGAGACGUAGCACUUCUCUCCGACGUCUUGGGGGCUUUCCUGGACCCCCCACCUUGCUCAGCAUACGGACAGAGCCCCCCACUUCCCAUGGCUCCUUCCACAUGAUAUCUGCCCGGCCCUCUGAGCCUUUCUACUCUGAUGACAAGAUGGCUCAUCAUACGCUGCUUCUGGGCUCUGGUCAUGUUGGCCUCCGAAAUCUAGGAAAUACAGUAAGAGCCAUUCUGUUCCUCCUCUCUAAAAGGAAAUGUGAAAUGUGCUUCCUGAAUGCCGUGCUACAGUGUUUGAGCAGCACUCGGCCUCUUAGAGACUUCUGUCUACGAAGGGACUUCCGGCAAGAGGUGCCUGGAGGGGGCCGAGCACAAGAGCUUACUGAAGCCUUUGCAGAUGUGAUUGGUGCGCUCUGGCACCCUGACUCCUGUGAAGCUGUGAAUCCUACUCGAUUCCGAGCCGUCUUCCAGAAAUAUGUUCCCUCCUUCUCUGGAUACAGCCAGCAGGAUGCCCAAGAGUUCCUGAAACUCCUCAUGGAGCGUCUACACCUUGAAAUCAACAGACGAGGUCGCCGGGCUCCACCAAUCUUGGCCAAUGGUCCAACUCCCUCUCCACCUCGCCGAGGAGGGACUCUGCUUGAAGAACCUGAGUUAAGUGAUGAUGAUCGAGCCAACCUAAUGUGGAAGCAUUACCUGGAGCGAGAGGACAGCAAGAUUGUGGACCUGUUUGUGGGCCAGUUGAAAAGUUGUCUCAAGUGCCAGGCCUGUGGGUAUCGCUCCACGACCUUCGAGGUUUUUUGUGACCUGUCCCUGCCCAUCCCCAAGGUGGGAUUCCAGAGGAUUCCAGGGGUGGAAGGAACACAGAAGGGAUUUGCUGGGGGCAAGGUGUCUCUGCGGGAUUGUUUCAGCCUUUUCACCAAGGAAGAAGAGCUAGAGUCGGAGAAUGCCCCAGUGUGUGACCGAUGUCGGCAGAAGACACGAAGUACCAAAAAGUUGACAGUACAAAGAUUUCCCCGAAUCCUCGUGCUUCAUCUGAAUCGAUUCUCCACCUCUCGAGGCUCCAUCAAGAAAAGUUCAGUAGGUGUAGACUUUCCACUGCAGCGACUGAGCCUGGGGGACUUUGCCAGUGACAAAGCCGGAAGCCCUGUUUACCAGCUUUAUGCCCUUUGCAACCACUCCGGCAGUGUCCACUAUGGCCACUACACAGCCCUGUGCCGAUGCCAGACUGGUUGGCAUGUCUACAAUGACUCUCGUGUCUCCCCUAUAAGCGAAAAUCAAGUGGCAUCCAGUGAAGGCUAUGUGCUGUUCUACCAACUGAUGCAGGAGCCAACCCGGUGCCUGUGACACCCCCUUUAUGCCCUGGCACCUGUGAAAUCCUUUCAACAUCCUUAAGUCCCAGGCUCCCCAUUUACCUCAGAGACGUCUAUUUUUGUGUCUUUUUAAUCGGGGAGGGGGGAGGGGGGUUGUAGCUCCCAUUAUUUUUUUUAUUAAAAAGUACCCUUCCACCUGGAGGCUCCCUUGUCUCCCAGCCCUGUGUACAGAGCUUACCAGGCCCCUGCCCAUGUACAGCCCCCAUACCCUCUGCAAUCUUACUUUUUGUGAAUAAAUUUAUUAAG